UAUUAUAUAAAACCACUUCAAUACCCAGGUAUAGAAUGUCAAAGGAGAGAAAAGCCCCGUGACGGCAGGCAGUUUACUGGGUCAAAGCGCCUUACAGAGAGACAGCCAUGUUCUGCCGGACAGAGAGAGAGCAGUUUGGGCUGGGUUCUCUGUGACAUCGGUGUCACGUCAGGGCUGAGUGGAACACAGAAAACCACGAUCACAGCUCACCGUCCAUGAACUGUAUCCACAGCUGUCAUGCUAUCAGUGAGAAGCUAGGAUACUUGGUUGACGUCUUGUCUGUCUUAUGAAAGUGCAAGCCGCAUUACAUGAAUGUCAACAGAAACCGUGCGACCGACGUUCACGCAAAAUAACAAACAGAAUUCAUGUUCCUAAUGAGCGUUUGCUAUGGAGAUGCGACGACUGCAGCUACUGCAUUGACGUGAUCGGUGGAAAAAUUCAGAUUUUGAAGAAAAAGACGAAUACGUAAGAUUCACAAGUGUUCUUGAGACAGGAAUUAAAAACGAGAGAACAGUAUUGUGUUAUAAAACGUUUAUAAUUUAUUACUUAAACGUGUUGUGAAAUAGCAGCCAAAACAAUAACCAUGCUGACUCCGCGUCGACGACUGAAAUCCAACCACUUACGAUGGGCCAUAACCCUCACCGUUAUCAUCGGGAUUUUCGGUCCUUUUUACUUAAUUUUCAAGCAAGACGAUGUGGGAUCAGUCAGUUUCUCCGAGAACCACAUGCAGAGCUAUUCCAAUGUCGGACGAUCUUUACAAGACGUUCACAAACAACCGCAAAAAACACGGACCCAGGAACCAGCGAAGGGGAAGAAAAAGCAUCGAAUUCUUGCACCGGAUAAGUUUAUUCGCCCUUACACUGCAAUCGGUGGGAUAUUCAACAGUAGCGGAAAAAUCGCCGAAGUGGCAGUAACCCUAACUACCUCACUCGUUUACUCAUUUUCCCCUUUCGUUGAGAAUAAGGUGAAGAAAAUAUUUCCGGAUCCAGUCCACCAGAACGUCUUCUACGCCAAUAGUCCUGCCAUUACUUGGCAUAACGACCAGCUGGUGACCGUGUUGCGCAUUUGGCUAGAAGAGGAAAGAUAUGAGAAAAGGGAGAAACCGUACAACUUCUUCGCAGAUAAUUACUUCUACACGCAAAACUUCGAUGGAAAUUUCAAGCCCCUCACGAACGGUUCUCUCCUGGGGAUACCCACAACCAAGGCUUUUGGGUUUGGCGAUGGUCCCAUAGAGCCGAGGAUGUUUAAGGUGUAUGAAAAAGACGGCAAGGAGCGCUUGUUCGUGACUUUCAAUACAGCCGUGUACUUUAAAGACAGAACUGUGAUAGAUUACACUAUGUUUUGGGACUUCGACAACAGUGAAAUUAUUAUACCACGUAUCACAAACGGCGGAGUCCAACCGACCAAAUAUGGCAUGCCGCGUGACAAACACUGGGCAGCCUUCAACUUGCACGGACAGCUGCACUUCGUCCACAAUCUCGACCCUCUGCGGAUCCUUCGCUGUACCAUUAAAGGGGUGUGCUCUUUUAUUCACAAAGACGACUCAGGGAAGAACAUCAAGUUCAAAGACAAUAAAUCUCACCUAAGGGGUGGCACCCCUUUUGAACAUUAUAGCGGGAAAUAUUACGUGGGCGUGGCCCACGGGACGUUUUUCAAAGCGCCGAGCUGGAAGCGCUUCUACACAACUCAUCUGGUAGUGCUCCACGUGGAGCCAUUCAGAAUCGUGUACGUCAGCAAUGACAUCUUAGUCCAUCACAACAUUCUCUUCAGUGUGCCCAUUGUUCGAGCAAGGUACAUCCAAGACCCGUUCCUCUUCCCUGUGGGUAUUAUUUUAGAGGAUCCCGACACGCUGUAUCUAGGUGUCCACAUAAGUGACUAUAGUAGCGUGUUGUUGCGCAUGCGCGGGUUGAAGAAUUUAAUGACCAAGGUCAUAGAAGCUGAUAAAAAUGCUCAGUCCACGCGAGGUCCAGUACCAUGGACGCUUCAGAACUUCGUAUGGAAAGUGACCUCUUCAGAAAAACACAAACAAUUUGCCACCUAAACGUGAAGUCCAUUUCAUUUCAAGGUUCUGUAUACCGUUUGUUCGGUAAAAUUAUUUUUGGUUAGUAAGAUAUAUUUUUUAUAGAUUUCUGAAAAGCGAAAAGUUCAUGUACGCGAAAAGUUCAUUCAGAUGUAUCAUAAUGUGAAGCAUAUGCGACUUGGAUCAAUCGAAAUCGGUAACUGAAUUACUUUUAUUAGCUAAAGUAAUGUCAACCCGGGUAUUGGGAUGAGGAUAUGUUUUUAAAUCUCCUCUUAUUACCUCCGCCAAGGAGGUUAUGUUUUCACCCCUGUUUGUCUCUUUCUGUC